CUGCAAUAAAAUUCCAUCAGAACUGCCUUCCCUGCCUUCUCCCUUACCCCCAAAUUGUCCUCUCUCCUCCUUGCACCAGGAGUCACAGAGAGGGAAAGAAUUUGGUAGAAGCGUCAUAAAGAGAAGCUGCUGUAAAGGUCAGGCUGAGCCCCCACUCCAUUAAACGGCUCUUUCGUGCAGCCUGUGGCUGAGCUCAAAAGCUAGCGCCCACCGUCUUCUGAUCGUAUCUCCACUAUUCUGCAAAUCAGGCAAGUUGUCAUUGGUGGCUGAAGGUGUGACGGCUGGAGGAAAGACGGAAGGGGCGGGCUAUGCGCUGCUACUGCUGCCUGUUCUGCUCGGUACUGACGUUCGUUGUGCGGAGUCCUCCUUGCGAAGCGCCCGCGCACCUGCCCAGAAGGAGAGCCAUGGAAGCGUUCCUGUCUCCUAAAGACUCUGCCAAGUUCAUAGCCGAAAACAGCCAAGACGUGCUCCUUGAAGAAGAGGGAGUGAAGAAAGUUGCAGAGGCUCUGUUUGACAAAGUCUCAGCAAAAGAAUUUAGUUUGUCUGGCUGGAAAUCUCUUCACGAACUGAACCCUCAAGCAGUGAGUGACGAUGCAGUGAAUUGGGUGUUUCUUGUAGAUACCCUUAACUUUUCCUUUUGGUCCGAACAGGAAGACCGUAAGUGUCUGGUGAAGUACAGAGGCAAGAUGUACAGUGGUUACUGGUCUCUUUGUGCUGCAAUCAACAGAGCACUUGAUGGUGGAAUACCUAUUACCAGUGCCGCAUAUUACGCCACUAUGACACUUGAGCAGGUUAGACAUGUAUUUCGCUCUGACACAGAUGUCCCCAUGCCUUUGAUUGAAGAGAGACAUCGUAUUCUGAAUGAAACAGGGACAAUUCUGCUUGAGAAGUUUGGAGGCUCUUUCGUCACUUGUGUUAAAAUGAGUGAGAAAAGUGCUCAGAAACUACUGCGUAUAGUAGUAGAGAAUUUUCCUUCUUACAGAGAUGAGGCUACAUUUAAGGGUAAAAAGGUGUCUUUUUAUAAACGGGCACAAAUACUAGUGGCUGAUACUUGGAGCGCAUUGGAAGGGAAAGGAGAUGGCUGCUUCGGUGACAUUUCUAGUCUGACUGUAUUUGCUGACUAUAGGAUCCCUCAAGUCCUUGUUCACCUGGGAGCAAUGAGAUAUUCUGAUGAACUGAUGAGGAAACUCCGUGAAGGAAUAAUGUUUCAGUCUGGAGAUAAACAAGAAGUGGAGAUACGAGGUUGUUCUAUUUGGUGUUGUGGAUUGAUCUGUGAUCACCUGCUGGAACUUUAUAAGAAGAAGGGACAAAACAUGAGUGAAAGAGUCAAUGCAGUUCUUCUUGAUUAUUAUCUAUGGGACUAUGCCCGGGAUCACAGGGAAGAUAUGAAAGAAAUUCCAAUUCAUCGUGUACGUUGUAUAUACUACUGACAACAAUUUUAUAGAUCUCUCACUGAUGCAUCAUGCAGAUUUGUUACCUAUUCUCUGAUAUUUUAACACUUUGUGCAUCAUUGCAGUUGUGUAUUAGUACUCCAUAGAGUUCACAUUCAGGGAAGGGCUAUUUUUUGUAUUCAAUAAAUAAUUAUGCUUGAAAUAAAACUAAGACAUCUGGAUCUAUAUAAUAAAACUUUAUUAAAAUUUA